AUGAAGCUUCUGCUGCUGUCCCUGUUCCUGUUGCCGCUGGCGGCGGGGCAGCAGCCCGAGCCAAAGCCCGAGCCAGACUACUCCGACUACUCUAAACGAGUGGCUUGGGACCUCCACUCGCUAAAGCGGGCAGAUCAGUGGAAUAGAGAGAUGGCGGCGCUGCUUGAAAAGAAAGACACUCCUGAGGGGCUGGCCGAGCUGCGCCUUCGGUUUGACGGCUGGGCGAAGGCAUGGGGCAAGGUGUACCCGCCGAUGUUCCGCUUGCAGCGGAGCGAUCGGUUUAUAUUAUGGCUGGAUCGAUUGAAGCAGGUAGUGAGCGAGAACCUGGCUGACUUCAGCUACUGGUCGGAGAUGAACUUCUAUGCAGACCGCACCUAUGCCGAGUUCGACGAAGAGUUCGAUGGAGGCUUCAACCCAGAGCCAGACGCAAUGGUGCUGGCGGCCGCCGCCACAGGGCGCACCACCCCGGUCAACGUUGCCAGCCUGAAGCUUGGGCGCCUGCCCCGCAAGGUCGACUGGGUGGCAGCUGGCAAGGUGCCGGCUGUGCGGCGCCAGGAGGAGCUAGACUGCUGGGCACACGCCGCAGCAGUGGUGAUCGAGUCUGCAUGGGCUAUCCGCAACAACAAGAAGGCCUCCACCACCGUGAAGGCAGCCCGGGUGUCGGUGCAGCAGCUGACAGGCAGCCAGCGGGUGGUGGCAAAGCAUCCAGCCCCGCCGUGCCUUGCAGACUGCACCGGCCCGGCGGCCUCCUGCGCCGGCACCCGCUCCAUGAAGUAUGCUUUUGAUAUCUCCUACCAAAUGGGCUCGGUGCCGGAGCGCACCUAUCCCUACAAGGACUGCGCCCCGCAGCGCUGCCAGCGAGGGCUGGUGAGCAAGGUGCCCAGCGCGCGGCGCAUCCGCCCCCCCAGGGCACCUGGAAGCCGCUCCAUCCCCGCCUCCACAAACGUCACGGCCCUCAUCGCGGCCGUAGCCCGAGCCCCUGUGGCGUUUGCCGCUUGUGCAUCGAACGAGGCCUUCCGCGAUUACGCCGGCGGAGUGCUGGCCGCUCCCAAGGUCUGCAAUUGUCAGUUAGAUCAUGUCAUGGCCAUUGUUGGCUACAACACCAAAGCCCCCGUGCCGUACUGGCUGGUCCAGAACUCGCGUGGGCCCUCUUGGGGGGCGGCCGGACGCAUCAAGAUCCGCAUGGACGGGGCGGGCCCAGGCAUGUGCAACAUGUAUCUGAUGCCCCCAGAGGCCCUGCUGUGA